GCAAAAUAUCGGAACGCCUACUCGAGGACCCUUGGUAGUUCGGGGCGCUGUUUCUUUUUGUUGUUUUAAGAUGCAUAUAUUCUGAAUAGAUACGGUUUAUGGGGUGUUGUUUACAUCCUUUAUUUAAAAUAAUAAUAUUGAUAAACAAAGUAAAAUGGCUUCGACUUUGUUGUCGCCCGUGGUGGACUACUACAACGAUGAGGAGGAUCUUGACAGUAUGGAGGAUGAGGAUGAUCGGAGUUUCAGAGGGAGAGAUUCGGAGGAAGACACGGAGGAUGCCAGCGAGACUGACCUGGCCAAGCACGAUGACGAAGACUAUGUGGAAAUAAAGGAGCAGAUGUACCAAGAAAAAUUGGCAUCUCUGAAAAGACAAUUGCAGCAGCUCCAGGAAGGCACGCUGCAGGAGUACCAGAAGAGGAUGAAGAAGCUGGAUCAGCAAUACAAGGAGCGGCUUCGAAAUGCAGAUCUUUUUUUCCAGCUCGAGACCGAUCAGGUGGAACGGAAUUACAUCAAAGAGAAGAAGGCCGCAGUCAAGGAGUUUGACGAUAAGAAGGUGGAGCUGAAGGAGAACCUAAUCGCCGAGCUGGAGGAAAAAAAGAAGAUGAUCGAGAACGAGAAGUUGACCAUGGAGCUGACGGGAGAUUCCAUGGAAGUGAAGCCAAUCAUGACCAGAAAGCUAAGGAGGAGACCCAAUGACCCAGUUCCAAUCCCGGACAAAAGGCGCAAGCCCGCUCCAGCUCAGUUAAACUACCUGCUCACAGAGGAGCAGAUAAUGGAGGACCUUCGCAUGCUUAACAAGCUGAAAUCGCCCAAGCGUCCAGCUUCGCCCUCGUCCCCAGAGCACCUUCCCAGCACACCCCUGGAGACGCCGUCCCAACGAUAUGAAGCCCGGAUAGAGGAGGGAAAGCUCUACUAUGACAAAAGAUGGUACCAUAAGAGCCAGGCUAUCUACCUGGAGUCCAAGGAGAACGCCAAGAUAAGCUGCGUCAUCAGUUCGGUGGGGACGAAUGAGAUCUGGGUGAGGAAGACGAGCGACAGCACCAAGAUGAGGAUCUACCUGGGCCAGCUGCAGCGGGGGGCCUUCAUCAUCCGCCGGCGGUCGGCCGCUUAAGGCUUCCUUCCCCGUCGCUGUCCCCCCUUCCCUCGGCGUGAGAAGCCCCCGUCAGAGUACAUCAGUACGGCCUGCUUUACACAUCCUCCCCCCCGCAGCUGUGAACUUGGCCUUGCUCCUGCUCCUUGCCUCCCGUCCCAUCGGUCAUGCUGACUCGUCGUCUCCCCCCUCAGGAUGGGAAUAGGAAUCAUGAAGUCGCUCACUAUGAAUUUGCAGUUGUGGAUUACUAUGGUUACAGAUGCUGACAUCUGUCACUUACGAUCAAUUUUUUAAAAAAUCUUGUCUUAUGUCUUUUUUUUUAUUAUUAUUAUUAUUUAUCCUGUGAGAAAACAUUUACUUUUGCCAGCCAUAGUAUUAAAUAGCAGGUAUUAUGUAGUUUUCUGACAUUUGAAUUUACUUUUUAAAAGUUUUAAUUUUGGCUGGGGAAAAUAAAAUGACUUUGGUGGAAGGGUAUGGGA